AUGGGAAAAACAAGAAGUGUUUCAGUAAGUCAGAAGAGCUCUAAGGAUAGUAGAUCCAAGUCUUCUAAGAAAGACGUAAAGGAAGUCAAAAAGGCUGUGGCCACUCAUAAUAAGAGAAAGGCUUCACCUAGCCCUUCUCCUUCUCCUAUGAAAAAAUCUACAAAGGGACCUAAGAAGGCCUAGUCUCCUCCUCGUUCUAAGAGCGCCGUAGCUAAGAAGAGAACAAGAACUCCUAGCUCUAGCCCGGAAAAGACUCCUGUUAAGGGUAGAGGAAAACCUAAAAAGGUCGACAAUACUAAGGCUGAAGUUAUCAAAAAAAGAAAGGGAAAUGGCAAAUAAAGCGAAGUCAUUAGCAUUGAGAGCAGUGAUUCAGACAGUGUUCCAGCCACUCCAAUCAAGAAGAAAGAGCAAAAGAUUAAAGAAAAAGCUAAAGAAAAGGAAGUGCAUUAGACUACCAAGAACUAAGGUUCAGUCACUCCUAUGAAGAGUGUUAUUUCUAAAAAGAAAAAGAAAACUGAGGAUGAAAAGUCUGAUUUACCUGCUGAUCUUGGUGAUCUUAUUAGAAAAACAAUUAUUCAUGAAAGUAAAUCCAAGUUAACAGCCGAAAAGAUUAUUGAAUUGAUUAAAGAAGACUAUCGUCAAGUCGAUGAUGUUACUGUUUUGACAGUUAUUGCAGACUUAUACCGUAGAGGACAUCUUAGCGAAUCCAAGUCUCACUUCACUGUUGAAGAAGAUACUCUUCAAUAGUUGAAGCCUCCUGCUCCUGCUAUCGUUAUUCAUGAAGCUAAGCCUCAAGAAAUUUAAAUUAUUGAAGAUGAAGAUGAAAAGAAAGAAUCUGAAGCUGCUAUCGAAAUCGAAGAUGACGCUCCUAUUGAAGUAGCUCAAGAAAAAAAGCAAGAAGCUGCUCAAUCUGAAGAAACCCAUGCUGAAGGAAAAGUCUCUGCUACUAAGGAAAAGGAGAGCUCUUCCCAUGAAGGUAGUAAGUCUGUUGCUAAGGAAGCUUCAGUCUCUGCUUCUACAAAAAAAUCUACUGCAAAAGAAGAUUCUACUUCUAGUUCUGCUGUUUCUACCAAAAAAUCUACUUCUAAAGAAGCCGCUGUUUCAGCCAAAAAAUCUACCUCAAAAACUUCCGUAGCAUCAAAAGAAGUUGUAGCUGAAAAGAGUGCUAAAAAGAGUGUUGCCAAGGAAUCUUCAAAGAAGUCCACUUCUAAGGCAGAAAGUGAUGGUCACUCAGCCCAAUAAAAAAGUGAUGAACACAUCAAUGAAGAAGAUUUUGCUAAUAAAGUGAUCAACAGCCAAGAACAAAUCGAAGAAGAAGCCCUUAAAGUUCUUGACAAUGAAGAAAAAGAAUAAUUAAAAAACUAAGAGAAUUGA